CUCUAUAUAUAGUAAGCUUUUUCCCUUUUGGUCCCAUGAGUUUUCAGCUGAAGCUAACACCCAACACGUUCGAUUUCUAUGAUGCAACUCAAAGUCUCGUCCAUUGCAUUUUCUGGAUUGGGCGAUGGUCGAAUUUGCUAGGUCUUGUUAUUGAUGUGAGUCAAAUUGAUCCUGGAUUAUACUCAACAAUUCUUUAAAUCUAUCUAUAAAGUCGUGACAGUUUGGUAUUCAAAGGGAUUGCAUAAACUGCUGAAGGAGGUGGGUGAUCCCUAGGUGUCAGUCAUCCUUUACACUGUUUGAAAUAGUGCUACACUGAAUGCAUUGAAAGCAAUUUUCAAGGUCAUUCUAUUCCAAGAAUCUGCUUUGCGGUUGCUGCUACAAUGUCGAUAUUGUCAAAAUUACGUUGUAUUACUGUGGAUGUUACUGGUACUUUGAUAGCUUACAAAGGGGAGCUCGGUGACUACUACUGCAUGGCAGCCAAAUCUGUUGGGCUGCCAUGCCCCGAUUACAAACGUGUGCAUGAGGGCUUCAAAUUUGCAUAUAAAGAUAUGGCCAGAAAGAAUCCUUGUUUUGGGUAUACCACGAAAAUGCCCAACAGAGAGUGGUGGAAGAUUUGUGUGAGAGAUUCAUUUACCAGGGCUGGAUAUGACUAUGACGAGGAGACAUUUGAGAAGGUGUUCCGACGCAUUUAUUCAUCAUUUGGUUCAUCUGCUCCUUAUACUGUCUUUCCAGACUCCCAACCAUUUCUAAGUUGGGUGCACGAGCAGGGGCUUAAAGUGGGGAUUAUAAGUAAUGCGGAGUACCGGUAUCGGGAUGUAAUUCUUCCAGCCUUGAAUCUGAACCAGGGAUCUGAAUGGGACUUUGGUGUGUUCUCUGGUCUCGAAGGUGUAGAGAAACCUGACCCAAAGAUUUACGAGAUUGCACUGGAGAGAGCUGGAAAUAUUGCACCAGAAGAAGUUCUGCAUAUUGGGGACAGCAUGCGCAAAGACUAUGUGCCAGCAAAGAGUGUGGGGAUGCAUGCAUUACUCUUGGAUAGAUUUAAGACUCCUGAUGCUGAGGAAUGGAGGAAAUCUGGUGCCAUUGUGCUUCCUGACUUGAUGGCAGCGAAAGAUUGGCUUACUUCAGAGAAGUCAUCCUGUUGACUGGCUUUCUUCUCUCUCAUUCAUGCUGAUGUUUCUAUGCAAGAAUUCUUCCCCAUCAUGUCGUGUAGACAUCGAUGAAAAAUAUCAACCACCUUGUAGUCCCCAAAAUCUUGGUUUCUGUGGCAUGUUUCACACCUGGGAUUUGAUGUUUUUUCUCUCCGGGAAAAUCUCACCUCCCAAACCUGCCCUUAAUGUCAUCGAGCUCAAUGAUAAAAGAACUAGAUUUUUUUAUGUUCUCUACGUUUUGUAGCCUCUUAGCGAAAUAUGAUAUAUCCAGCAACUAAGUUUAUCAA